AUGGCUCUAUCCCAGCCCACCGCCGCUCCAACAUCUACUCCUGCUACGCCAACAGCAUCAACCACGACUCUUAUUACCGCGCCCACGACCACCGCUGCCACCACCGCCGCGACGACCAGAUCGUCGUCCACCGCCGUCGUGCCCAUCAUACCCACGUCGACUCGCCCUGCGCCGACAAUCCCAGUCCCAGUCCCGGUCCCAGACUCCUCAAACCCAGAUCCAAUCCCAAUCCCAAUCCCAAUCUUACUCUCCCAUCCUCCUUCGCAACUACAACAACACCUCCCUCAGCCUCAGCCUCACCCACCCACGCAACCUCCUCAAAUAGCCUCACCUCUCCUCAGUCCUGUUGCGCCAAUCCCCCCCGCUCCCGCCCAGGAAGUAGUCCCCGACACGACCGAGCCGCCGUCCCGCGUUCUAGUGCCCUCGUCGAACUCUGCUUCGAACAAGAACAACAACAACAAAUCCAACCGCGAGAGCAGCCCAUAUAGACAUCGUCAGUUUGCCCUGUCCACCAGUGCCGUCAAAACUGCGCGGAAGGUGCCUGUCGGGAUCUUCACCUUUGGCUAUUCACCACUCAAGAAACCCUCCGACCAGUCGUUGCGCCAUCGCACCUCGUCGAAUAGCCUGCACCUCUCCGCACGCAGUCUGCCCGCCUCCAUCUCCAACUCGCUGCUAGCCAGGGCGAAUAAUAUAUCUGCUGGGCCGGAGAGCAUAGAGCCGCGAGAGGCCCUCGAACUCGACUCCGCCCCAUCUAUCAGCAAUCCAGCAAAUAUAGCGUCGCUAGCGAGUGCCCCGCCAAAGACCCUCAGCCGACGCCGUUCUCUUCUUGAGACGGAUCCGCCCUCCCAGGCGUAUUCAGAUACCGCCGCGGACGCCCCUCCCCCAAUUGCAUUCAUUCCAGUGGCGAACCCGAACAAGAUGCAUCAAACCUCCUCGCGCUUAUUGCGCAUGACGUCGGAUGAACGGCCGUUCACGAGGGACUUCAAGGAUCUCUUUUCAACUUUGGUGGUCAGCCUUCCGCUGGCACCUCACAGAGUUCGGUUGACCAGGGUCGAGCACUCGUUCCUGUCAGAAGAGGCGAUCAACAACCUAGGGUCGCUCAAGUUCUCGCAGUCCAAUCGAAUGCCUGAUCCGAAAGAUUCCUCCCGUAUUGUGACGACCACUACCACCACGACCUUUUCCAUGGCACGUGAGAUGGCUCGGUCUGUAUGCCAGCGUUUUCUAGACGCACGAUUCAUCGAGUCCGCGGAUGGGAAGCAGGCGAGGGAAUUCACCUUGAAAGGUUCCGUGUGGCAGUUGACUCCCAAGGGCAUCCAUGUCUUGGAGAGGUUUUGUUCGCGGAAUGGCAUUCAGCAGAGGCAUGUCACCGAAUUGGUGGGCUCGUCCAGGAACACGAUGCAGCUGGUAAUUCUGGAGAGAGAUCAGGCCACCGAUAAAUUAUCCGCCGAUCGUAGCACCACCGAGGUCAUCUUCCGCCGCUUUGUAGGUCAGAAUGGCCCGAACGUGAAGUCCACCCUCAGCUCUGCCGAUUCAGACUCGCUGAGCGAAUACAAGGACGGGCUUUCCGGUGUAAAGAUGGCUAGCGAGCGUAAAAUUGGGUCGCCACAGCGAACUGUCCUUCAAACUUUCACGGGCAAGGCUGCCGCGGAUUGGUUGAUGGAUUGCUGCACCACGGUUGACCGCAGGGAGACGGUUGAGAUCGCCACGAAUUUCUUAGAGCAAGGGUUGAUAUGGUGUGUUCAGUCUGAUCGUCUGUACCUGGCACAAUCGAACCAGCAAGAAAAAGACGCCAAAUUCCAACCAGCAAAGAACGCCAUCUAUCAAUUAACGCAGAAAGGGAAGGAUGUCGUUUCGAUGACCUCGAGGGAGCGUGCCUCGGACGGUGGCGUUUCCCGUGAUUCCAACACGCAGAAGUUAGACAAGAUCCUGAACGAUGCGGCACUCCGGCUGCUCUUCCGAGAGAACCUGCGAGACACCCAUUGCGAAGAAAACCUAUCGUUUUAUCUUGACGUGGAUGAAUUCCUCAGGUCGUGUCGGGCUGCAAUCAAAGCCGGUUCGCCCUCAAGAGCAGCUGGUAGCAAGAGCCCUUCCUUGGAUUCUGUCAAGGAGACCAUGGCCUCUGCCUACGGUAUCUAUAACGCAUUCUUGGCACCUGGCUCGCCUUGCGAGCUCAACAUCGACCACCUGCUUCGAAAUCAACUCGCCACGAGAAUGACCAAGGCCGUGGGACAGGAUUCGGCAAUGAUCGAUAGCUUAAGGGAGGUCACCAAACUCUUCGAGGAGGCCCAGGUAUCUGUUUUCAAGCUCAUGGCUAGUGAUUCCGUGCCAAAGUUCAUGAAGAGCCCCAAGUACGAACAAACUCUUAAGAACUACGAUUUUGAUUCCAUCCCGGCUCGAUUCAACCAUGUGAACAUGCCGGAACGCACCAUGAGCAGAUCCAACAGAUGA